GCCGGGGAUCGAACCCAGGUCUCUCGCUUGCAAUUCAUGGCAUUUGUCAGCGUCUGACUGCUUUUUUCAAGAAAGGUCAUGAUGUCCAGGUCCAUUUAUGCAGGCGUGAGUCUCCUGGCAAUGAAGUUUUUUUAUAGAUGUAUGUCCAAAAAAUGUUUGAGUCCCUGCAACAGGAACUCAGGCUUGCCAUUUCUAAAAAUAUUGUUGAUCUCUAGGCGCACAAAACCUCUGUCCACAUACAGCUCGCUGGUUGGUGAAAAGAACAUUGUACUUAUGGGUGCUCCUGGUGCAGGGAAGACAACAGUGGGGAGAUUUGUUGGUCAGAUCACGGGUCUUCCUGUAAUAGAUGUCGAUGAUGAUGUCCUUGAAAAGACUUGGCUCAUGUCUGUAGCAAAGAAACUUCAAGAGGUUGGCGGUGAUCUGUUUCUGGAAGAGGAGGGAAAGGCCCUUCAGAGGUUUUCAACAUCUGGAAGUGUUCUUAGUCUCACUGGGUCCAAUCCCAUGCAUCGUGCUAGUAUGCAGCACAUGAAAAGCAAUGGAAUAGUUGUCUACCUUGACGUGCCUCUUGAAGACAUAUUAGAAAGACUCGAACGAAUGAAGGUGGAUCGCAUUGUUGGUCAAGAACCUGGUGUUUCAAUGAAAGAGAUUCUUCAGUACAGGCGACCGUUUUACCACCAGUGGUACGAUGUCCGUGUCCUGUGCGAAUCUGGUGAAUCAGCAGAAGCAAUUGCCGUGAAAGUCCUUGAAGCUGUGAAGAGAUAUCAAGACAUUACACCUGAAACAUUUAUUUCUACAAGAAGUACAACUGAAGACUCAGAGGCAAGAAAAGACCCCGUUUUCUUUAGUGAUGUGGUUGUUGAAGGCCUGGCUUCAGAUGGAGGACUCUACGUGCCUGCAACGAAGCUUCCAAAGCUGACUCCUGGCGAGUGGCAACGGUUGGUUGACGUACCUUACAUUGAACGGGCACAGGUCUUGCUGGAGUUGUGCAUCCACCCCAGUGAUGUACCUGCUAUCAAGUUGCAAGAGAUGUUGGCCAGAGCUUACGGACAGAACUUUUCCUGUACAGAGGUAGCACCAGUUAGGCAUUUAACUGGUAACCAGUUUCUUCUGGAGUUGUUUCAUGGGCCCACAGCUUCUUUCAAGGACUUGGCUUUACAGCUGCUGCCACAAUUGUUUGCAUUCUGUAUCCCACGAACUUGUAAUUAUCUGAUACUAGUAGCUACAUCUGGCGAUACAGGCAGUGCUGUUCUGGAUGGUUUCAGUCGCCUCAGUGACACUGACAAAGAGAGAAUCUCAGUGCUCACAUUCUUCCCCGAAGAGGGAAUUAGCCAAAUUCAAAAGGCACAGAUGAUUAGCUACCAAGAUAAAAAUGUAGGAGUUAUAGGUGUCCAGUCUCAUUUUGAUUUUUGCCAGUCAGCUUUAAAACAGAUAUUCUCAAAUCCCGACUACACUGGUUUCCUGACAGUUGAAUAUGGGACAGCCCUGAGUGCAGCUAACUCUAUAAACUGGGCCCGACUAUUGCCGCAGUUGGUCUAUCAUGCCUCUGCCUACCUUGAUCUUAUCAGCCAAGGAAUAAUUACAUUUGGAGACCCAGUAGAUGUUUGCAUCCCUACAGGAAAUUUUGGAAAUGUGCUGGCAGCUGUGUAUGCCAAACAUAUGGGGAUUCCAAUCAGAAAAUUUAUUUGUGCUUCAAAUCAAAAUAACAUUCUAACAGAUUUUAUAAGGACGGGUAAUUAUGAUUUGAGGCACAGAAGCGUAAGUGUUUCUUUGUCACCAGCUAUAGAUAUUCUCAAAUCCUCCAACCUUGAACGCUACUUGUAUCUUAUCACACAUGGUGACGGGCGGCUGAUGAGGGAGUUGUUCUCCCAGCUGGAAGAACAACACUAUUUUCAGGUGGCGAGGCCACUGCUGACGAGAAUUCAGGAUGACUUUGUGGCAGACUGGUGCUCGGAGGAAGAGUGUCUCGCUGCUAUCUAUUCUGUAUACAAGUCCUGCGGUUACAUUCUAGACACGCACACGGCCGUUGCAAAAGUGGUAGCAGAUCGCCAGGAUGACAGGUCCUGCCCAGUUAUCAUCUCAUCAACCGCUCAUCCUUCCAAAUUCGCAGCCGCUGUGAUGCAGGCUUUGAAGGUUGAAGAUGUGAAACAAAGCCCAGUUGAUCAGAUCCAGCUCUUGAAGUGUCUCGACUGUUUGCCUCAUGUGCACACGGCUUUAUUGCAAAGACUUCAACAGGCCCACGUGCAAAAGGGGGAGAUCUGUCCAGCAGAUGUUGAUGCUGUUAUGGAUCAUGUAGAAAGCUUUAUUCAACACAAUUUCAUCAACGUUCUUUAAAUCCUAUGUAACUGUGAUUGAUGUGUAAAUCCUCCUGAUUAUGAGAAAAGAUUGAGAGAUAACAUGGGGGCGGUGGUUAAAGGGUUUGUGGUCCAUCUCAAAGAGGCAAAUGUACUGGCCAUCCCUAACUCUGCGAUUGGAUACUGCAGGAGUACCUAUAUAAACAGAAUCUUUGUUUAAUAUAUUUAAUGGGUUUCGGUUUUCUUAACAAAACGCAAAACACUGUAUAGAUGCAAAAACAGAGGUCGCUGG